AGAAGAACCGGGACGUUCCCUCCACCGCACACAAAAUAUUGUCUUGCAACUCUACACUUUUCGUAUCUCUAUGAUGGUUCGCCCGUCGGCGAGUUGGCAGCGCUUCCGGCUUCCUUUGGGCUCUACAUCCGGGUCAAAAGCUGCGCCGGCUUCCGUUUCGUUAAUCCCCUCACAGCUGCUUCGGAAGUCUUGUCAGGCGAGACGUGACGUGAGGGGGCAACGCCAGGAACCAACGCGGGCCUCUCACUUUCGUGAGGUGGACUAAGGGCUAUUCAGGAUUAGAGAGGCUUAAGUAGAUAAAAAAAUGAAGCUUUACAGUCUAAGCGUCCUUUACAAAGGAGAUCCCAAAGUACAUUUACUGAAGGCUGCCUAUGAUGUGUCAUCAUUUAGCUUUUUCCAGAGAUCCAGUGUUCAGGAAUUUAUGACCUUCACGAGUCAGCUAAUAGUAGAGCGUUCAGAGCCUGGCAGCAGAGCUUCUGUAAAGGAACAGGAAUAUCUCUGCCAUGUUUAUGUACGGAAUGAUGGGUUGGCUGGAGUGGUGAUUGCAGACAAUGAGUAUCCAUCCCGGGUCUGUUUCACCUUGUUGGAUAAGGUGCUGGAUGAAUUCUCCAGGCAAGUUGGCAGGAUAGACUGGCCUUCUGGAUCCCCAGCAACAAUAAACUACACAGCAUUGGAUGGUUACCUUAGUAAAUACCAGAAUCCUCGUGAUGCAGAUGCAAUGACAAAAGUGCAAGCAGAGCUGGACGAGACCAAAGUCAUUCUGCACAAUACCAUGGAGUCUUUGUUAGAAAGAGGAGAGAAACUGGAUGACUUGGUGUCCAAAUCAGAGGUUCUUGGAACGCAGUCAAAAGCCUUCUACAAAACUGCCCGCAAGCAGAACUCGUGCUGUGAGAUCAUGUGACUCUGUUGCCUGCAGCCUGCCACCUGCUCGGGACGACACUCGCAUUCAGAGCUCCCCGAACCAAGCAGUACGAAGAUGCACCCCAGCUAUCUACCAUGGCAGUCCUUGUUUCCAGAUAUAGCCACCUCAGCCAGACUGGAUGCAUGGAAUGGGAUAUGACGUUGGGGUUCAUGAAUCUAAAACAAUCUUUUUUUUCUUUUCUUGGAAAAAGGCAUCUUGGACCUCAAGAUGCUUGUUCUACGGGGUUGAUGAUAGACACUGACUUUUUUCUGCUGGUACUAAAGGGGCUCCUGCUCUGGCAGUCUGGUGGAUAGCCGCUGUGUAGGGUUCUUUGCCCUGCUCCUUUCUGAAACCCACAAGCAAAUGUGGACUCGUGUUCUACAUCUCUUGCUGUAUGCUCAUGUAACACUAAGAAAACAGUCUGACCACAUGAAGAUUGUAUGCUGGUACCAAGACUUGAUUUGCCAGUCUCAACGCAGCAUCAAGUGGUGAUGAUGAAUUUCCCUGUGCGCUAAAAUUUCCUAUGCUAGUUGGGGAAGCGAGGCAGACUUCCAGCCUAUUCAAUCUCCCAGGGACCACCUGUGAACUCAUGUGCUGUUGAAAGACGUAGAAGUAGCCUGAGAAUUGCUGUUUCUGCUUCUUACAAUGUAGUAGAGGAACUCCAAGGGGGUGAGAGCUUGGCCAUGUGAAAGUGCUUUGAAGUAUUUCCCUUGGCUCUACACGGGAAGUUCUUUUGAUCUUGUGACUGCAUUUGCCAAGGAGAUUAAAGCAUUUUCACACCCAAUACUAACUGCCUCUUGCCAAAUACAAUAGAUUUUAAGAAGGUUUGAUAUGGCAUCAAUUACUGGAAGUCUGUCACAUCUCAGAGCUGAUAUGGAGAGGGCUUAUCCGUGAUAUUGGUCAAUUUUCUAGUCAGUGGCUUAUGUUGCUUUUACUAAGCUCUUCCACAUAAUAUGGAGAAGCUGUUUCGCAGUCGGCUGUCCCUUCAUUGGCAAUGUAUUAUGUUUAUGGCUGUUAGGCAGUGCUCCUGCCUGUAGUAUUAAACCAGCAGCCUUUUUUGGUGGCGUUGCCCGGAAGUAUCAUCUGCUGCUUUGCACUAGGCCCUGUGCCAGAGUUUUGUAAAGUGUGACCUGUCCUAUAUUAGGUGUGUUUUAGCCACUGAAAUUGUGCAUCUUGGUGUCUUGUGAUAUUUUUGGCUGGACCUAUGUCCUCCCGACUGGAGCGUUUGUCCCUGCUGGCUAGUUUUAUGUAAAUACUAGAAAAUGUUGUUAAUAACCUUGCCUUUUCUAUCAGUGGUGCCUGAGUACUGAGGCCCAUUCUAUCUUGGAAGGCAGGGGUGAUAUUGUACAGUUGGGGUACCCCUCCAUGCCUUUACCUGCCACAGUUGCGGUGGGAAUGUCUGCAUGUAGGUGAGAAAAUGCAUCACUUCAAAAAAGGCCUGUAUUUGGCAAGGGGCCCUUAGAGAAGCAGCUUUAGUAGUCAACAGGAAGGAAAUGCUACACUAUGCUAAUGUACAUCACUGGGAUCAUGGGGGGCAUUGGUCACCUGGCUCUUGUGUGGGGUGUAUUUGCCCAGGACAAUGACGGCUAUUUUUCUAAUCUAGAUCUAUUAGAAACUGAAGUGAUGCCACUAGCAUAAGACUUCUCUCUUUUCUGAAGUGGCACAUGAAAAGGCGGGGGGAAUUUCUUGGCCUUCCAUUAUAGUGAACAAGCUGUAGCAAAGGGAACAAAUCAUUAUUGACAAGGACUGUGAGCGUGAAUGCAAUUUCUGACUUGCAGUCUGUUCACUUUUUGUGCUUCUAUUUCAUAUUUGACUGUACUGGUUCUCAUAACCGUCUGGAGCAACCAGCAACUUUACAUUGCAAAAAAUGGCUUGCAAUUUGUUACCUGAUGAAAUCUACACAAAGUCCAGGGCAGUAGGAGUGAAAUGGGCCAAGUCAGAGACCCAGGGUUUUAAUAAGCUUCUGUUAUUGUAGUUGACCUGUGUAGUUGUGGUGGUGGGUGCCCUGGGCUUUUGACAGUUUGGCCACAUUUACUUGCUCUCUGGGCCUGAGCUGCUCUCACACCCUGGCCAAUCAUAAACUUGAAUUGACGUUAUGCAGGCUGUAUUGGCAAACCCAAUGCAGCACCCCUCUUGGUGCCAGUAUGUAUCGCCAGCCUUAAUUUUUCUUUCUUCCUCCCAUCUCUACUUUAGAUGUAUCUGAGGGCUGUCUUUUCUGUAAAAUCCAUUUGUGUUACUGUCUUCUGGGCUUGAUAUUAAUGAGCUCUCCUAACAAGAGGGUAGAUAGAGAGCUGGAGUGAUUUCCAUUUCUUCUUGCUUCGGAAGAGAACUGUUCUUCCCAUGUGUCAUUCUUUGAAUGAAAAUGCACUCCAGAGACUUGCCCAGAGAAGUAAGCAAGGCUAAUUUGUUCAUGCUUUGCCACUUAGGCUCACGUGCUCACAUCUAUUCCUAUCCUCUUUCUAAUGUGGAAGCUUUUACUAAAGAUUGUAUUUUAAUAAAUAUUGCCUAACUUCUGUAUGUACUGGUUACUGGAUUAUACCUAUAUGGAUAAAGUUGUUAUUUGAUUGUUCAAAAAUA